GGUCAUAUGAUGGGUCUGUCUCCCUGGUGGAGCGCUUUUCCGAGUUUUCCAUAUAACCGCUGCUUCCUCCCCAUUCGUCUCUAACUAUCUUCUUGGUUAUCUCCACCACAGUUCACCUCUGCCACUUGUGUCUCAGUGUCUUCCCCAACCUCCCUCAUCAGCGACCACAUUUAGGGUGAUGACGUCCUACAAACCACAAACAAAUCUGUGGCUCGAACGAUCUCGCCUCAAUGGAAUGGUGUUAGGGGGUGUAUCCUACGGCGUAUUCUUUCUCCUUACAGUACAGUCCUGGAUUGCUCUCAUGCAGCAGCCUCAAUAUGGGGGAACAAUUCCAAGUCAUCGUCGCGUGCUUCUUUUCUACGUCUUUAUCACGUUCGUAUGUGGGACAAUAAGUUUUGCUGCGAACGCAAGAUACACGGAGAUGAUUUGGAUAGAUCUUCGUAAUGCGCCUGGUGGUCCACUCGCGCUAAUCGAGAACGAAAUGAACAAUCGUCUAAAUAUUCUGGCGCUUUCCUCUGGUCACAUCCAGGAGUGGUUUAUGCAAGCUCUGCUGGUGAGCCGAAUCAUUUGUCGUAAGGAAAUGGUGCAAGCUUGAUGCCCUAUAUACUUAGCUUUACCGAUGUUUCGUGAU